UUAGGAUUAAUGUUGAUAGUACAACAAUGUCUCUCUGAAGCAAUGUUUUCUUUACAAAAAACUUACUUUGGAAACAAUUAAGAACAACAUUUUAAUGGUUGUAGUAAAUGUUUUUUGAUUUGUUCUUGAUUGUUUUGGAAAUUUUCAUAAUCAACAACUUGGGAAUAUUGGUAAGAAAUUGUAGUCCAAUUUUUCUAAAGCGGUAAACUUGUGAUUAAUUUGCGGUGUAUUUUUACAAAUAAAAUUUAUUAUUGCUGUACUUUCCAGUGAGGAAUUUUAUUUGUAAAACUAUUUUUAGUGUACCAGUUGCAUAUUCUGGCACUCUAUAAAUAUAUAUCUAAGGUCAUGUUUACAUUUAUUAACAAAUAAUAAAUUUUAUUUUAUUAUCAUACAAAGCAAAUUAUUCAAAAUCCACAUUUUUAAAAUGUAUACAGAGGUUUUGUUUUGGUAAGUAAAUAAGCCAAAUGAAAAGUAAAGAAAAACUGCAUGUACUACAUACAAAAUACUAUAAAAGCUGAUACGGAUGUUUUGUGAGUAUGAAUCAAUAAAUUGUAACGGCUGGCAAAGUUUGUUUCUUGAUAUUUGCAAUUUUUUUCAUUUUAAAAUUAGUAGGUUUUAAAGUAUUUUAGUUUCAAAGUAUAGACUAUUUCUUAUUUAAAUUUCCUAUUAAUAAUCAAUUUCAGAUAAAAUUGCCUUGUGGUGAUAUACACACAAAUAAAUUAUAUGGUUACCUGUGCAGAGAAAAAUUAAGAUUUGUGAACUAUUGCCUCUAUGCUGUAAAAUAAGGAUUUGAUGAAGUUCGAAGUACCUCCUGCUGUGGAUAUUUUAUUUUAUAUUGAAAAUUUGUGUAAAAUUUUAUGUUGAAAUUGUUGUAACAUAUCAAGAGACUGUACAAUUUGUGCGGCCGCCAGCUCGGAUAUCCAAAGAAACUGGCCUAUAUUUUGUGAGUAUGACAAAAUGGAAUUUCGUUCAGUGGAUCUAGCCAAGUAAACACAUAAAACUGCGUCUCGAUAAAUUGGUGCGUUCUCUCACUAUUUUUACUAUGUUACACCUGCCUUAGUCUUGUCUUUUUUAUUUGACUAAAACGAUUCAAGUCUGCUAUUUAGGAUGUGUACCCAAAAAAACACAUUGGGUGGAAUUUUGCCAUUGAUUUCGCAUGGACUUGGGAGAAUGUCCGAAAAUACAUGACUUGGCAUUAAGGGCCGACUUCGAAAAUGCACAGAAGUCCAAGGAUUACUUCUAUGAUCUUGAUGCGAUGGAGCACCUGCAGGCGUUUAUCAGCGACUGUGACAGACGCACCGAGGCGGCAAAGCAGCGAUUAGCUGAAACACAAGAAGAAUUAUCCGCCGAGGUGGCCGUCAAAGCGAACAGCGUACACGAAUUGGCUGAGCAAAUCGGUCAGAAGCUCGCUAAAGCCGAACAGCUGGGCGAAGAAGGUUUCGUCGACGAGAGCAUGAAAUUGAUGGAGGAGGUGGACGAGCUUAGAAAGAAAAAGCUUGAGGCGGAACAGGAGUACAGGAAUUCUAUGCCAGCUAGCAGUUAUCAACAGCAGAAAUUACGCGUGUGUGAAGUUUGCUCUGCGUAUUUGGGUAUCCACGAUAACGAUAGGCGGUUGGCCGAUCAUUUCGGUGGCAAAUUGCAUUUAGGCUUCAUCAAAAUCCGGGAAAAGCUUUCCGAACUUGAGAAAACCGCUGAGAAAAGAAAAGAAGAGCGCCGCAAGGCGAACAAGGAUCGCGACCGGGACGAUCGUGAGGAUCGCUACAGGGAAAGGCACCGCGAGCAUUACGUAGGGGGCCGCGAGCUCGAUCGCCGUUCUAAGAGGCACAGAUCAAGAUCGCGCGAUCGCAAAGAGCGCGAGAGGGAAAGGGAUCGUGACAGUCGCAGGCGCAGGUCGCGCUCGAGGUCUCGCGAGCGUAGCCGCAGAUCUCGCUCCAGGCAUACCAGUCCUGGAGACAGGCGGAGAGACCGCGACCGUGACUAACGUAUAAAAUACUGGUGUGGAGGCGUUGGGCGGUUACUGAACGGUUGUCUCACUGUAUGAAUUCGAAAGGGUUUUGUAUCCGUCAAAUUCUUACGCUGAUUUUAACAAUAGUCAGAGCUGGGAUGACAAUCACAAUUAAAUUUGUAAUACAGGUUACGUUGUUGUACUGUAACGUUCGUUUGUAAACGUAAAUUGACCAGACAUUAAAGAUACGUUACUACCGAAUGUUAUGGUAUUAGGGCAACUUUUCACGUGCUUUAUUCAAAUAGUUUAAUCGUUUCAAUCUUUGGAAACGACUCGAACAUCACUAAAUAUUGAAAACACCAGUUAUCAAUAUAAUUUGUAGUUAGUCUAUAUUGUCCAACGCCUAAAUAAUGUAAUUUUAACUCAAGUUACAAUGUUAUUUAUCAUUUUAUUUUUGUUGUAUUUAUAUAAAUUACCCUAAUUUAAAUCUACAAAGUUGAUUUAAGAAUUAUCCAUAGAAAAUAUUAUUUCAUUGUUUAUCUUAUUUAUAUACUUAUUGUGUAUGAAAGACAUAUAUGUGACUGAAUCUAAAUUUCAAUUUUUGAUUAAUGCGUUACAGAUAGAAAAGUCGACUUUAAUUUUAGAUUUAUUUUAAAGUAUAAAUAAAAUGUUUCAUAAAAGAAAA